GGCGUCGUGAUCAGUAGCGCGCGAGAAUCCGCGGCCGCCGGCGCGCGCGGCGCAACGAACGAACGACCCGCACUCCGACAUACUACACGAUAGAACCUCGCUGAGUAGUUAGAGAGUACGGAUUAACGAACACAUCGAAACAGACUCGAACGCGAGUUUAAACGCAAGCGCAGCUAAGCUAAUUAUAACGUGCUCGAAAUGCAGAACAUCGAUCCGCUGGAGUUUGCCAACAUAUUGGCCACCGAGCUUUGGUGCCAACAGUUGGCUAACCUCGAAGGCCUCCAAUCGGGGGUACCAACCCGCACAACGGCGACCAUAACGCCCACACAGCUGCGCAACUUCGAGCAGACCUAUAUCGAGCUGAGCAACUGCCACAGCGAGCAGGCCAACCACGCCGGGUUCGUGCCGCCCUCAGUCACGCACGCCAACAGCUACGGCAUCCUGAAUCCGGGGGGCUACUGCGACGCGGGCCCGACGACGGCGCUGCAUGUGUCGCCGGGCCCGCUCUCCGCCAGCGGCGACAGCAGCUGCAGCCCCGGCCCCGCGCCCAAGCGCCGCAAUAUGGGCGGCCGCCGCCCCACCAAGGCCCCCCAGGACAUCUCCCCUGAAGAAGAGGAAAGGAGAAAGAUCAGAAGGGAACGCAACAAGAUGGCCGCUGCCCGCUGCAGAAAACGCAGGCUCGAUCACACUAAUGAGCUCCAAGACGAAACGGACAAGCUUGAAGAGAAAAAACACGCACUACAGGAAGAAAUCCGAAAGCUAAACGCUGAUAAGGACCAGUUGCAGACCAUCCUUCAAACGCAUCUCAGGACGUGUAAAUUAGCGAGACGCGCGCCUAGCCCUCCCGAUGUGAAACCAUUUGAGGAGUACCCGUAUAUAGAGGAGGGGGUGAGGGUGAAGGAGGAGGUGGUGGAUCCGGCGCAUGACCCCACGCUGGCGCUGGACAAUGACGUCAUGUUCACCUCGCCGACGCCGGACAAAAGGAUAAUGCUGUCGGCGGCCAGCCCGGCCAUGGGACUCACGCUGGACACGCCGCCCGUGCCCGCGCGGCCCUCGCGCCCCAACUUCCUGCAGGUGCCGCUCUUUCUCACUCCCGCGCAGAUCCACAACAACAAAGCGAUCGCGAACAGCAACAAGAUCGCCGGCAUAGAGAUCAGCACCCCCAGCAACGGCAUCCCGUUCAACUUCGACAGCCUCAUGGAGGGCGGCACCGGCCUCACGCCCGUGCACCCGCACCCCGUGCUCCACCACCCGCACCCGCACCACCAGCACCCGCACCCCUGCGCGCAGCAGCAGCGCGCCGCGCCCGACGUCAGCUCGCCCGACCACGGGAGUCUCGUCAGUCUCUGAGAUAUGGACCUGUUCUGCUUCCAGCUCGACUACUAGGACGUACCCGCGUCGUGUCGUGCUCGCGAUUAGAUGCUUGAACUUCAUCAGAACUUUCAAUGCGCGGAUAAACAGCAGAAAAACGUAACGUUGGCUGGUGAUUUUAAAAUUACAUCUUCUGUUUACUUUAAAAGCGAUCGGUCUAGUAAGUCAAUACUUUAAAACGGCGACCGCUUUUUCCGCGUUUUUAUAAUAUGAAUGAAUAUCAAGUAGAUACUACGUCAAAGAGCAUACACGAAAUCUAGGUACGGACGGUGCUCCUGCGAUUGAAAGCAGAAAGGGUCGACAAUACUUGAAUAUCGCAUCGGGCUGCGCCUUGAGGUGGUCGGCGUGAGACGCCGCGAACCAAGUUCGCGUUCGAGUUUCGACCGGAAUACUUAUUUAUUCUAUGUAAUUCUUCUAUCUUUCUACUCAUAAAUCUAUUUUUUCACUUGUAACGUCCUAUUUAUUAUAAGUACUUUAUAGUGUUUAAAAAAGGUAAACAGAAUUGUUACAAACAUUGGCCGAAUGUAAUCUUAUAUCUAUGGCCUAGUCAUGUAGGUUUAUUUACUUUUUUAAACAUUAUUAAGUAAAAAUAUUCGGCUGUCGCAGCCGACGAUCGCUCCAGAAGGAGCACCUAUCUACUUGCUCACUAUGUGCUUUGUAUUUAUCGUAGUUCCCUAGCGUACGGCCCCGGCCUUCUCGAGUCAAUUCACGAGUUAUUCUAAAUAAAAAUAUUUUUAUAAAUAGACUUGUAUUUCCGCAGAAUAUAGGAAUUGUGAUUUAAAAUAAAACAGAGUUUUAUUUGAAGCAUUUCAGGGAUUUCGAGUUGUGCUUAAAUCUAGCGAGGCUAGAUGGUGCGAUUAUAUUAUAAGUUUAACGUAAAAGAUCUCUUUUACACGUUGGUUAUUUCGGCACAAACCCGUAUUUUUAAUCCUCAAAUCAUCUUGUCAUAAUAAAACCUCGUGCCAUCGCUCUACUCUCGUACUACGAAAUAUUUAGUUAACCAUAAAAUAACAGCAAUACUACUUAAAGAUUAAUAUAUUGUAUGUAAGUUAGCUCAAUAUUGGUGUAACGUUUACCGUUCCAUUGUUUAGGUUCUGGUAGUGUAGAGUAUUUUAAGGCAUUUGUGAUAUGUCCAGUGAUAGGUUGUCCCGGGGACUUGUGACACAGGCCUUAUAGCAAACUCACAUACAUACAGCCUUAUUCACCUAAAAGCAACCAUAUUCUUUAGUUAUUACGAAAUUUCUUCAAUGUGUUGCUACAUCACACAAUUAUUGAUAUGUCAAUGAGUUUGCAAUAACGCUUGUGUUUAUUAUGUAUUUGACUCAUGCCAUCAUUUUUUUCUUUUGUAAAACCCCAUCACAGUCCAAUUUCCAGUGUAUGUAAGCAAAUUAUGUCAAAGUAUUAAAUAUCGACACGGACAGAGUGUCAAAAAUAUGUACACACUACUUUAAUGUAUGGGCAAUAAGGUCGUGUAUACAUAUUUUUGGCACUGUCCGUGUUAAUAUUUAAUACCUUGACUGUCGUGUCACCUGUCGUCGAAAUCGGGCUGUAAUGAGGAUCGUUUCUGAUCGACUCGCUGGUUGUGUGACCUUCAUGUCGUGUUUUAAAUUGUUGUUAUGGAAAUAAAAAUGUUUUUUGUUGCUGUGUUGCGUUAAGUCCCUACCUAGUAUAAAAAUAAGGUUAGAAAUGUGACGUUUAAAAAGGUGCCCGUCUUUUGAAAAUGACACAAUUAUUUUGGAUGUUCAAUUGGGCAUGGGUCGAUAUAUAGUACCGAUAAAGACCACUGGAAUAAAAUAUGAUAGUUUAAGGCAAUAAUUAGAUUAAAGGCACUUAACAAUUAUUAUAAUAUGCAUAACUUAGACCAAAUUAUUACUUGUACGUGCUUUAUCGUAGUUUUAAUUAAAAUCUAAGCCAAAUAUUGAUUUUAUUGUUAUCGUAAGUUAGGUUAGACGCUGUUUACGUAAAAGUAUUAGGAGACGGAGUUGCGCCAAGUAUUUAUUUAGUUUACUCCGACACGUCAGUAAAUAUUUAUACAAUUCUGAACCUUACGUCUAUGUAAUAAAGGUGUAUAAAUAUUUAUGAUCGUGACUGUAUACCCGAAACUAGCGCUAGCGAAUAUCUGCCGACAUUUCUAUUUAAAUAAAAUAGUAUUCGACAUAUAGUACGCAUAAUAUGAACAUCUAGAUGUGUAAGAGAGAUGUAAUUUUUUCUAGAACUAUUUUCUAAACGCAAUUGUAGAAUACUUUUGUAUUUUUUCAAGAAAAUUAGCAAAGCAAUAUAUUUGAUAAAAUUAUUUGAAAAAUCUAGCCAGAUGUAGUGAAAUAUAUAUGUAAAUCAGAAAAUAUAAAUUUGUUUACAUACACCUGAAA